UCUGUUUACAGAUGUAUAAAAUCAAAUGGAGACAAAAUAGCGAAUGUAUUUGACGAAGACACUGUGCAGCGGCAGUUGCGUUAUACCGGAAUGUUGGAGACCGUCCGCAUACGACAGGCCGGGUACAACGUACGGCUCACAUACGAAGAAUUUAUACAGCUCUACAGAAUAUUGCUGCCAAAAGGUCUACUAAGCUCUCAGUUAGAUGUCAGACACUUCCUUGCUACGCUCAAUUUGGACAGGGAUAAUUAUCAAGUUGGUGCAACAAAAAUAUUCAUGCGAGAGAGUGAGCAAAGGAAACUAGAAUAUCGGUUACAUCAACAAAUUAUGGCGUCCAUCAUAACGAUUCAGCGAUGGCAUCGUGCUGUGUUGGAGCGACGGCGCUUCCUCGCUUUGCGGCGCGCUGCCAUCAUCAUACAGGGUUAUUGCAGGUGUGUUUAAUCUUUAACCAAUUCUAGGGAGUUGAUUCUAUAUAAAAUAAGAAUUUAUUUUACAAACAUUUUAAAACAAAGCAAAAUUGAAUAGAGAUCACCAUCCGCAGAGAUCGUGAUCCUUGGCGAUUUUAACGCCCACCACGCCGAGUGGCUCGGUUCACGUUUAACCGAUCAUGAGGGGAGAUCUGUUUAUGACUUUGCCUUGGCAUAUGGUCUGACACAACUGCUUACUUCGCCUACGCGGAUUCCAGAUAUGGAGGAUUAUACACCUUCCCUGUUGGACCUUCUGCUGACCUCUCAUUCGGCCGUCCGGAUGAGAGGUCAGCGGAAGAUAUCAGGUUUCUGUCGAUGCCCUUCUCGGCUCUUCGGACCAUUGUUUGAUCCGGGGUGUGGUGCCACUCACGCUCCCCUCGCGGUUGUUUUGUGCAGGUUGCCGCCGUGUUUGGCAUUAUCGGCGGAUUGGGACGGAAUGCGGUCUUUCUUUGUAUCCUACCUAUGGGAGCGGGUUUGCUUCUCGCCGGAUGAUCCCAGACCUGUUGCUGACUCUGUCACAGAUGUGGUGCUACAGGGAAUGGAACUACUUAUUCCAUCAUCUGUGGUACCCAUUGGAGGCAGAUCUCAGCCUUGGUUUGGUCGCUCCUGUAAGACUGCAUUACGCAGUAAGCAGGAGUGUUAUCAAGCCUGGGCUGCGGCUUCGGAGACUCGGGAUUUUAACACCAGCAUGAUUAAAAAGAAGUAUAACUUCGCCUCCAGGUCCUUCAAAAGAGUUAUUGCCAAGGCAAAGUCAGAGCACGUAGGCAGAAUUGGCGAGAAACUAGUUCGCCUUCCUUCGGGAAGCCGUGCAUUCUGGUCUCUCGCCAAGGCUGCCCAAGGGAAUUUCUGUAAGCCAUCACUACCAUCACUGCACGGAGAGGACGACUCACUGGCCCACGCCGCAAAAGAGAAAGCCGACCUUUUAGACUCCCUUUUUGUGUCCAACUCGACUCGGGAACACACCAACAAGUGAACGUAGGAAAUAGAAUGAAUGGAGCUCUACAAUCUGUUGUGGAAAGUCAGAACUCAGAAUGUGUCAAAAAAGGCACGUAUGGCAAUUCAUAAUGCUGUGUUAGUCCCUACUUUAAUGUAUGGUAGUGAAAGUUGGGUGUGGCAGAAGAAGCACGAGAGUAGAAAAAAUGCUGUAGAGAUGCGGUCAUUAAGGAGUAUGUUAGGGCUGAAUCUGAAUGACAAGGUGAGAAAUUGUGUGAUAAGAGAAAAGUGUGGUUUGCAAGAUGAUCUUGUGACCGGGAUUAAGAAUCGAAUGGUACAGUUAUUUGAUCAUGUAGAAAGAAUGAAUGAAGAUAGAAUGACAAAGCAAAUUUAUAUUGCAGAUGUGAACUGCACAGUUGGGAAGGGACGCCCUAGAAGGAACUUAUCCUAUAAAAAAAGUUUAUUGACAAAAUUGGCGAUAUAUUGAAAAUGAGCCAAAUUAGGAGUACGCUUAACUGACAAGUAUGUAUGCGUAGUUAUAUGGAUGUAAAGGAUGCGAGAGAGGUGUGUCAGGAUCGUGUCAAAUGGAAGUCCGUAGUCUCUGCCUACCCCUCUGAGUGACUGGCGUGGGUGUUUAUGUUAUAUUGUUUUUUUAAAUGUUUUGGUGUUGAAAUAUAAAAUGGGGACACGGAGUACAUGGAAUUUUUCAUAUAACUAUUACUUUUAAUAGUUACAAACAUUAAAUAAUUAAUAAUUAAAUACAUUAUAGACAUUAAUUUUAACAUUCGACUUAAAUAUGAAUUUAAACUUAAUAAUUUAAGUAAGGAAACUUGUAGGAAUCAGUUAAAUAAGAUUGCUCUGUUUAAAGGCCAACAUGUUUAUGAGGCUACUCUCUUUUCAUUUGUCCCUGAAAAAUAAAUAAACUUAUUAUCAUUUUAGCUGCAUGAAUUUAAAAACACAAUGAUCUUACACAGACUAGCCAUAUACGCAGGAGAUAUUAAAGUGUACCAGGUGUCUGAGGAAUGAGGAUACAGAUGCAAUGUCCAUUCUCUCAAUCUCGGUAUAUUAAGAAAACGGUCACCCAUCCAUAGACUGACGGCGAAAGUGUAGCUUAAUCUCGCAGAUCAAUUGAUCUGCGCAGCUAUUCAUUAACCACGAGUUGCUAUUUUCUACGAAUAACGCUGUAGGCGAUGACCACGCUUUCAAGCCCUCGGCACACUGUUGUCGGGCAUCAAGCAUAAAUCGGGCAUUGGGUUUUUUGUGAGUAUCAAAUACUAUGGAUUUCUACUAUCCUGGCGCACUAAACCGCAAGUCUCCUCUCGGCAUCUUAGCAGCGCUUCAGGAGUAUUACUAAAUAUCUAUAUCUAACUACACUAAAAGUGUUAUCAUUGUGACUUGGGAAUAUAUUCCGAAGCUCCACUCAACCCCUUACUGUGACCGUGAGGUGCGGGUGGUUAAGUAAGGUUGUCUGGGAAGCUAUUACCCUCUUACCUAGUACUGGUAUAAAUACAGGUUGUAAGGCAUUCCAUGUCAGUCCGUAGAGGUGACAACAACCUUCUUAGUUUGAAGUUAGCUGCAAGUUUUCAUGGGCUGCAGUAGCCACUUACCAUCGUUAGGUGAACUGUAAGUUUGUUGGACACUUCAGUUUUAUAAAAAUAUUUUAACUAAUAACUCCUACUAAAGUUUUGUUUUAACAUGUAUUUUCGGAAUGUCGAGAAUAUUCUGAAUUACACCUUUUAUUGGAUGGUAGACACGAUAUCUCAAUAUUUAUUUAAUUAGUAUAGCUAUUCAGCGAAGAAACGUAGCCAGCAUUCUUGGCAAAAUACCACAGGGAGUAGGACUGUAUGAUAAUUUAAGUUUUUGUUUUAGAUUUUCUUGUAUAUAUUUUCUUAAAAUAUUAAAAAUACAAUAGUAUAUAUUUCAAUGUUUCAUUAUGUCACAUGUUUAUAAUUGUAACCAUCCUUUUGGUUUCGCCGUAGUUGGGUAAAAAUUAUCUGCGUCAAAUCAGAAGACACGAAUAUACUGCAAUCGGUAUCGAUAGUUAUAGUUGAGGUAGGCAAUGCAUGGUGCAGCACUAUUUGUCAUUCACACAUGCACAUUACACGCACACUGGUGUAUUUUGAUUUUGUUCUCGUCAUAAUUACUCCAUUGCCAUUCUAUAAUAUACUAUAUCUAUGUAUACACUUUUAUAACUUGUUAUUAAUUUUGGUUUAUAUUCUAUUGUUUAUGUUUUAUAACUUAUAAUGGUAUUGAAAGAUUAUAUAGAUAUUUAUUUGGUGUAUAUUUAAAAGAUGAUCUCAACUACAAGAACACUGUACCAAUGAACAAAGUGAUUGUUCCCGAAUAAUAUAAUAUUUGAAUUAGAAUGGUAACGUUGUGCAGGCAGUGGUUGGCGGGGCGGCAGGAGGCGGCGAGGCGGCUGCAGGCGUGGUACCGCGGCGCGCGCGUGCGGCGCUGGUACGUGCGGCUGCGGCGCGCGCUCGUGCGCUUCCAGGCGCACGCGCGCGGCGCCCUGCUGCGCCGCCGCCUGCCGCGCCUCCAGCUGCACCGCCCAAAACAACACGUGCGUACUGCUGCACUCCAAACUUGCCUCACAUCUUGUCACUACCGAAUUUAUUC